CAGGGGGAAUGACCUGUACUGCAAACCUCCAACACUCAGUUUUCUGAAAGACUGACUGACAGAUUCUGAAAAUGGCGUCCUUCAGAAUUCUGUCAAAAUCAGAGCAAUUUCAUAGAAACAUAUCUUCAGUGAGAAGACAAAAAGGAAUACUGUCUAUGCAGUAUGGCAAGUGUGUUGCUCACCCUCGGGUGUGUGGCUGUUACUUCUCCACCUCCUGCCCCAGGGAUGCCCGUUUCUUUACCGACCCCACAGAGGCAGUGAAAGACAUCCCAGAUGGCUCCACUCUACUGGUCGGAGGGUUUGGUUUAUGUGGAAUACCCGAGAAUCUGAUUGGGAGUUUAUUGAAGACUGGAGUGAAAGGUAUCACAGCAGUCAGCAACAACGCUGGCGUGGAUAAUUUUGGUCUUGGUCUGCUGCUGAGGACCAAGCAGAUCAAGCGGAUGAUUUCUUCCUACGUUGGGGAGAAUGCAGAGUUUGAGAGACAGUACCUUUCAGGGGAACUGGAGGUGGAGCUAACGCCUCAGGGUACCCUGGCAGAGAGGGUACGUGCCGGCGGUGCUGGGGUCCCUGCCUUCUUCACGCCCACUGGGUAUGGCACACUGAUCCAGGAGGGAGGCUCACCCAUCAAAUACAACACAGACGGCAGUGUGGCCAUCGCUAGCAAGAAGAGAGAGGUGAGGGAGUUCAAUGGCAUCCACUAUGUCAUGGAGAGAGCCAUCACAGGGGACUUUGCUCUGAUCAAGGCCUGGAAAGCUGAUCGAGCCGGUAACAUUGUGUUCAGAAAAACAGCACGGAACUUCAACCAGCCCAUGUGUAAAGCAGCUAAAGUCACCGUAGUGGAGGUAGAAGAGAUUGUAGAUGUGGGGACCUUUGCUCCAGAAGAUAUACAUGUCCCCAGCAUCUAUGUUGACAGGAUUGUGAAGGGGGCAGUGUAUGAGAAGAGGAUAGAGAAGAGAACGGUCCAGAAAGGCUCUAUGGAGACGCCCAAACCCAAGAGGAAGGCAGACCUGCUCCGAGAGAGGAUCAUCAGGAGGGCAGCACUGGAGUUCCAGGAUGGGAUGUAUGCAAACCUUGGUAUUGGGAUCCCCAUGCUGGCCAGCAACUUCAUCAACUCUGACAUCACUGUGCACCUACAGAGUGAGAAUGGACUUCUGGGCCUGGGUCCUUAUCCCACCGAAAGUGAGGUAGACCCAGACCUUAUCAAUGCAGGUAAAGAGGUUGUAACUGUGGUUCCUGGAGCUGCGUUUUUCUCCAGUGAUGAAUCAUUCGCUAUGAUCAGGGGUGGCCACAUUGACCUGACCAUGUUGGGGGCCAUGCAGGUGUCUAAGUAUGGGGACCUGGCCAACUGGAUGAUCCCGGGAAAGAUGGUGAAAGGAAUGGGAGGAGCUAUGGACCUAGUGGCAAGUGCAGGAACCAAAGUGGUGGUGACCAUGGAGCAUUCUGCUAAGGGGGACAAACACAAAAUCCUGGAGAGUUGUACUCUCCCACUGACAGGGAAGCAGUGUGUGGAUAGGAUCAUCACUGAAAAGGCAGUUUUUGAUGUUGACAAGGCCAGCGGCCUCACUCUCAUAGAGAUCUGGGAGGGGCUGACUCCUGAUGACAUCAGAGCGUGCACUGGCACAGACUUUACUGUGUCCCCAAAUCUAAGACCAAUGCAGCAGAUCUGAACCCAGUGACUCCAAGCCUUUCUGCAGUGCACAGAAUCCUUCUUUUAACAUUCCACAUGACCAUAGUGCUACAAAUGCAUGUACACAACACAACUCUGGGAGAAAGGUAUAAAUAGGCCUGCAGACUUGAAGGUAUUGACAGUUAGGAGUCAGUCGGCUACAACGUGCCUGUGACUUACAAUAGAAUCAGCUUGCUGAAGUCUAGGCCUACAAUGCAAUGACUGGUCAUUCAAAGGUGUACAUGGUAUGAUCCAUGGCAGAUUGAUUUACUCUUUUAAAAUGGCAUAACUAAAUUUGUUCUUGAGUUUCAUAAUUUUACAGAGUCACUCAAGUGCUAAGUGUUUUUUUUGGUUCAGGAUGGGAUGAUACAGCAGCAGAUGGCACAGGGAUGUAUUGUCUGCAUGAUAUCAUACAUUAUAUACACUUGAGAGCAACUGGGGUAGUCAAACUCAUACAAUGUGUCUAACUUGGGUAAAUUCAGCAUUGUGACCUUUGCACUAAUGGUACGGCACAGAGAGGCUCAACCAGGAAAAACAAUUGUUACGCAACCUGUUCCCUACUCAGAAAAAGUAGCAGUGCUGUUUGAACAAAACCACUUAAAUUUCAUGAUUAUACAUGCAGUGUUACACAAUACCAUCAUAAAAACAAUGACACCAUCUAAAGUGAAAGACUAGGGUGGACUAAGUUAAGUUCAGGAUUGUUGCUGCCACCAUCGGUCAGAAUGCAAUGACGAGAUUUGCAUUCUCAAUUAAUUUCACACACAGCAAAGGCAAACUGAGGCGGGGGGGGGGGUGUUUGCUCCUGGAUUCUGUUGGAUUGUAAGGCCGGUAGGUAGGGUGUGAUGGUCUAGGAGGAAGAGAGAAAAUACAUGUCAGGGGCAAAUCAACAUAUAAAAGUGCAUGAACCAAGUAGUGCCAGGUGAAUAAACAGGACGGAAAUAUGUAA